AUGCCAGACAUUGCUUCUCUAGGAACCAGAGCCUCUGUUGCUGAGGAUUCCUCAUCUUACCUAAAUAGCACCCUACAGCCCGGAUCCGACACCAUCGGCCGUGAUGCAAUCCCUUGUCAUCCUUUGGGAGUGAAGCCCAGUGGCAAUGCCCUUCUUGCCUCAUGGAAUCUGCGUUCUGCUAUUGGGAAUUUCCAGCUACUCCCAGACGAGGUGAUCUUGACCUUGCUGGAAUUUCUCGAUGGCCCCGCGUUGUUGCGCAUAGGACGUACCUGUAAAGCCUUCUACGCAUUCACUAGAGCGGAAGAGUUAUGGAAAGCUCUUUUCAUUCAAUCUCCUCCGUCCAACUUCUCCUGGAAGGGAACAUGGCGAUCAACCUAUCUCAACCUCCCAGAAUCCAAGGUCACUAACCUGGACUGCUCCCAUCUCUUCUCAGACACCCUACAUCGCCCAUUUUACUGCGCGCACACCUCUUUGAAGCCAUAUGUGGCCAAUAUCCCGACCAGGAAUAAACUGGCCCGUCUUCCAAAUCUCUCCCCAGAGGAAUUCCAGGAGAAAUGGACUGAUACUCCAUUCAUCCUGACAGAACCCGUGAAGGAAUGGCCCGCAUACAAGAACUGGUCUGUAGACUCUCUACUUUCCAAGCAUGGCGAGGCUGUCUUCCGCGCGGAAGCAGUAGACUGGAAAUUCAAGACAUACGUGGAUUACAUGCGGAAUAACUCCGACGAGAGACCCCUCUACCUUUUUGACCGGGAUUUCGUAUCCAAGAUGGACAUCAAGGUCGGCCCCUUGGAUCAGGAACCCGAGGCCGCGUACUGGCCGCCCGCUUGCUUUGGCGAAGACCUGUUCUCGGUUCUGGGACCCGACCGCCCGGAUAGACGAUGGUUGAUCAUCGGCCCUGAAAGAUCAGGAAGCUCCUUUCAUAAAGACCCCAACGCAACCAGUGCAUGGAAUGCGGUCCUCCGUGGAUCCAAAUACUGGAUCAUGUUCCCUUCCUCGUCGAAACUUCCUCCCCCACCCGGUGUCUUUGUCUCUGCCGACCAGAGCGAGGUUACCUCCCCUCUGAGUAUCGCGGAAUGGCUCCUUUGCUUCCAUGCCGAGGCGCGACGCACACCGGGGUGUCUGGAGGGCGUCUGUGGUGAGGGUGAGAUCCUUCAUGUCCCGUCGGGCUGGUGGCAUCUCGUCGUCAACCUGGAACCGUGCAUUGCCGUCACACAGAACUUCGUGCCACGGGGUCAUCUGACCUCGGCACUUGACUUUUUGUCUAAUAAAGCGGAUCAAGUCUCCGGGUUUAGGAAGAAUGUCAUUGACCCCUAUGCACGAUUUGUGAGCAAUUUGAGAGGAUCGCAUCCAGACUUGCUGGAUGAGGCACUGCGAAAAUUGGAGAGUAGAGCGGAUGGUAAAAAGAGGAAAUGGGACGAACUGGUUCAUGGUCCGGUGGUCCAGGAAGGGACCGAUGAUGGGUCUAAGGGAGGAGGGUUCAGUUUUGGAUUUGGAGAUGAUAGCGAUGUGGAAGUUCCAUGA